AUGAACGCCCUGGCCAAGAAGAUGGGACUCUCCGAGGACCUGACCUUUUACGAUGUCUACUCUCUGGACGAGCCCGCCCUACUCGCCCACAUCCCCCGUCCGGCGUACGCCUUGCUCGUCAUCGUUCCCAUGUUCCCACAGUGGAAGCAAGACCGCGAGGCAGAAGACGCGGCGCUCGGCGACCCGGCCAGCUACUACGACGGCGGUGCGGCCGGCAAGGGGGACGAGCCUGUCAUCUGGUUCGAGCAGAUCAUUGGCGACGCUUUAUCCUCCCCGGGAAGCACCCUCGAGCAGCUGCGCAACGAUGCCAUUCCCUUGGCCCACCCAGAGCGGGCCCAACUGCUACAUGAUAGCGAGGAGUUUGAGGAGGCCCACAAGUCUGUGGUUGCCAUGGGCAGUACGCGAGUCCCUACUCCAGGGGACCACGAACAUUCCGGUCACUUUAUCGCUUUCGUCAAGGCGAACGGUCAUCUCUGGGAGCUGGAGGGUUGUCGGGGUGGGCCGCUGGACCGAGGCGAGCUCGGUGAAGACGAGGAUGUCCUGAGCCCGAGGGCGCUAGACCUUGGUCUGAAGCGGAUUAUCAACCUCGGCGGAACUGCUGACGAACGGGACCUCCGCUUCAGCUGCAUUGUUCUUGCCCCGAAGGAGGCUUGA